AUUUCGUACAAAAUUAAAUAUUUAGAGCGUCGGUUUUUCACAAAUAUUUUUUUUUGGGAAUAAAAUUCGUGCCUUUCUACGAUGUUUUUAUUCCGGGUAUUCUCUCGUCGCGGUAAAGCCAAUGCCAACAGCAGUACCGAGGCCCCCGUCGUGCCGAACGAGACCACCACCACCACCACCACCACCACCCGUAAAACCCGUAAAACCCGUGCACCAAGGAAGAAAACCAAAAAGGCCACCCCAGGAUCGGCCAAGAAAGCAUUGAAGGGUAAACCCUCUCUGAAGAUCAAUAAGAAGCUCGCCGUAACCUACAUGAGGUCGCGUGCGAUGAAGCCAAAGUCGGUUGCUAAGAAACUAUCGAAGGCUGCUGCUAAGAAGGCAGCUGCUAAAAAGGCAGCUAAAAAAGCCGCAGCUGUACGUGACGUGUCAUUUAUUGAUGAAUCUGUAGACGAGAAUGUGCCGAGUUUUACAACCGUUUUGGGGCGUUCCUUGGAUUCAAGCACAGAUAUGGAUAUUGGGGAGCCCUGUGCUUGCUGCUCUUCGGGAUCUAAAAAGAAGGCAUCUAAGCCCCGCAAGCCGGCAGGAACUAGCAAGGGUGGAGUCACGAAGAAGAAGGCUACAUCGAAGCCCAAGAAGGUAGCGGCAACUAGGAAACAAAUCCAAGAUGCUAUGGAAAAUUAGUAAAAUCGUGUAUCAUAGAAGUAGUACUAACCUACAAGCAAUAGUACGAGUAUUUAGGAAACCAUUCUAGAAAUUAUAAAAGUAUUUAACAUCGCAAGAAGUAUCUCAUGAAGUACUUAGUAGAAACCUACAAGCAAUAGUACGAGUAUUUAGGAAACCAUUCUAGAAAUUAUAAAAGUAUUUAACAUCGCAAGAAGUAUCUCAUGGAGUACUUAGUAGUAACCUACUAGAAAGAGCACAUUAUUUGGACAUUCCUUCUAAAUUAUAAAGUAAAUGCAGCAUAGCAUAUUAUGGUGGAUAGCUGGCAGGACAAAGUGAUAUCCAAAAUUUGAAGUAUUCUGUUGGACA